AUGUGGUCUAAUCUGUUUGUUCGUUCUACUAAUUCACCGUUCUUUAAGAAUGACGUAUACCUUAUAGCCACCCACGGUCUACUGACAGGAAAUGCGGCAGAGAAGAUAGAGCAGAGUCUAUUGGAUGAGGUGGUAGUUACCAAUACGGUACCCCACGAGGUGCAGAAGAUGCAGUGCCACAAGAUCCGUACUGUGGAUAUUUCGUCUCUGCUGGCUGAGGCCAUCCGACGUAUACACAACGGCGAGUCCAUGUCCUACCUCUUCAUGAAUGUCUCAAAAAAGGACUGA